UCUAUUUUUUCAACCCUCUCUUUCUCUUUCUACAAAGACUUUCUCUGUCCACAACCAUCAUACCAUUACACCUUACCUUACCACCCCUUCCACCACCCUUUUCUCUCUUUUAUACCCACAUCACAACACAAGAAGGAAAGAGAGAAAGAGUGAGAAAAACAAAAACAAAAACAAAAGGUGGUAGAUGCAUGAGCCACAACACAACACAACUCACAUUAUCUCAUACCACACUCACCACCUUCUCUUCCCCCAAAAUUCUCAUAAUUCUACCUCUUCUCUUACCUUUUCCCUUCAGAUUUCUCACCACUUCUCUUCUCUCCUGCCACCUUAUCCCACCCUUUUCACUUUUUUUUUUCAGGUCUAUCUUUCAUUUUCAUCUGCCUGAAACAUUCCAUUUGUGGUGCUCACUCCCCGGCUGAAUUGAAGGAAAAAGUUGGUAUUAUACGAAAUUAAUCACCGUGAUUUGAUGACUUGGUAAGAAGACUUAAAUUAGAUAUGGUGAGCUUGAGAAGGCGCAGACUCUUGGGACUAUGUUCAGGAAACAGUUCCUUUGUCACUCCACUCCCUCUGUACUGUGAGAAUUUGUCUAGUCUUGAAAAUUCAACCCAGCAAGCUAAACCCAAGAGUGAGCAGCCUGUGCUUUCCGAUGAUGCAAGCAACCUGGACAGUAAUACUGCUGUGCUAGAAGAGCCAGGAUCAUCAAAUGUUUCUGGUUCAAGCUCAUCAAAAGAACAGCUUAUUCAACCAAUCACAGCAGGACCUCCUAUUAAACGCAGAAAGCGACACAGAAGAAAGAAUUUGCACAACCAAGAACCAUGCUUAAUGAGAGGUGUAUACUUCAAAAAUAUGAAGUGGCAAGCCGCUAUCAAGGUGGACAAGAAACAGAUCCAUCUAGGGACUGUUGGAUCACAAGAAGAAGCUGCUCAUUUAUAUGAUAGGGCUGCUUUCAUGUGUGGGAGAGAGCCCAAUUUUGAGCUUCCCGAGGAGGAGAAGCGCGAACUUAGUAAAUUUAAAUGGGAUGAUUUCUUGGCAAUGACUCGACAAGCCAUCACUCGCAAAAAACACAAGAGAAGACUUAGUCCUGGACCAGGUAAUAGUCAUGAUAUGCUUCCACUGCCCAAAGAUGAUUGGGACAGUAAGCAAGGAGUGAGUGAAGAUGCAGAAUAGGAAACUUGUAUGUCUUGAAAGUUAUGAUUAUGGAAUAACCUAAGAGUGAAGAUGAAAAACCUCUAGGCUUCACACUUCAACUCUACAUCAUGCUAGAUCCAUUUUUAUUGUAGAGAAAUGCUGCAUUAUAUCAGACCUUGAUGUCAUUCAUCAUCCUUCAUUUAUGCCAAUUACUACACCUUAACCCAAUAAACAGUCCAUCCAAUGCUAUUAGAAUGUGACAACUACCAUCUGUUGAACUCUAUCAGUCCGUCAAACUAGUGCAAAGCCAUUUUCUUCUUCUUCUUCUUCUUCCACUUGGUGGGAAUAAAUCUGCUGCUCUUUAUUUCUACUGGUAAGGAUUUAUGCCUAAAUGAAUCUUUCUCAAACACUUGAUUGAACUGUUCUUCAAUUUACAUUGACCAUAUUUUGUAAUGUUUAAAUGAUUAGUAUACAUACAAACUCUUCCAUGGUGUAACUACACAUUUCUGAUUUCACUAGUUGCAUGGUUCACAUGGUAUCAUUAAACUUGAUUGAAA